UAUUCAUUAUGUGUGCAUAUAUUAUUAUUUGUGUGUCUUUCAUGGUAUUGGCAUUUGUCCAUGUAAGUGUUACUGACCAAUGUGAAGUUUUUACAAUGGAACUAGAGGAAUAUACAACAGACAACACCACGGUAUCACUGAACGAUACAUUAAACAUCGAUAUAUCGUCACUUACCUGUGAAGAACUGCUCAUCACUAUAGAGUCUGACCUUCCUGGUCCCCAUGGCAACGAGACAGCCAGCCUGGUGUACAAAAUCCCGAGGGAUGAACCAUCAGAUGCUGCCUUGGCUGCUGGUAUCAUAGGAGGCGUUAGUGUUGGGAUAAUCGGGGCUACUGUGGGUGUUUUGAAAGCACUGACCUUUUUGAAGGCGGGGACUUAUCAUCUUCCAGCGCCAAACCCAUCGGAAGCUAUACAAUUCAAAAAUUUAUAAUAGGUGCAAAGGAAAAUGAAUAUUGGUAAACGAUUUGCAAACUAAAGGAAAAACCAGAUCUACAUGUGCAGCGAAUUACAGCAGGAUACGUAAAAACGAUUUGAAACUGCGUAUUUUUUACUAAGAGCAGUUGGAUAUUUUUACUUAUUUAUUUUAAUAAGGUGCAAAUGUAUUUAAAAUUGUAAUAUUUGGUAUAUAAAACUGUAAUCUAAAGAGCUCACGCUAUUCUAUAAGUUCAUUUAUAUGUAAAAAAUAUAGGGUCUGGAAGCCCGGGAAAUUCCCAGCAGGUCAAUAUUAAGGAAAUCCUUAAUAACCGGCAAGCAUAAAGUAUUACUUGAAAGUACACCUUUUUUAUAUCUAUGAGGCUUGCUUUUGAAAUCGAGUGAAUUUCGCCCAGAAAUCCCAGGAAAAGGAAAGAACGAUAUAUACUGUUUGUAAAUUCCGCCCAAAGCAUUAUUUUAUUGAACACGCACCUCUAAACC